AGCCUUUUGAAGGGGGGGAAAGCAACAUGAGUAAAGAGCCAAGACCCUGCAAGAUAUAUCAAGAAAGCAAAGCCCCCCCGGGUGCCCUGCCCGCCGCCUCUUCCCACUUGAAGUCGUUCCGUCCAGCCCGUCAUCGCACAGUAGUCCACCAUCGUCGUAGCUGUACCCGUCGUCUUCGUCUCCUCUUCCCUCACCUUCGUUGGAGAUUGAUGAACUUCCAGGUCUGGAUAACCUGCCGCUCGCUCGUUCGCUCCCCGUCGUCCCCUCGCAUCCUCGGCCAUCACCUUAAAUCCCAUCGUCGUCCAAGUCGCGAGUCCUUCUCCAGGAUCCCUUUUCUUCCCCUACUUCACGAAUCCCCAACCAGUCUCUUAAUCCCACCUACGCCGUCCGACCUCCCGUACUGAGACGGACCGCCCACCUUUCCGAUUCGCCGCCCGUCCGCAUCUUCUGAGUCUUUCCAAAAGACCGACGCCGCCGCUGCCGCCGCCACCUCCCGACUCAACUCGACCUGUCUCGUCGCUCAUUCACACACGUUGACAGCCACAGACGAAGAAGAAGAAAAGAGAGCAGAGACCGAACCUGCCAAGCAACGCAAGGGAAUUCAGCUCGGGGACUUUGGAGGAAAAUCCACUCCACGUCCACGUUGACCCUGUCACUUUGUUGCAUCUUUUGGCUCUUUUCCCCGUCUCCCGGACCAAACCAGCCCACCACCCACCUCGGUUCCUUUAAGUGCCGCCAACUCUCGUUCGCCGCAUCGACUUUUUGAUCAGCAACGCCAUCCGACUUGCCGCGUUCCGCUCGAUUUGCUUAGACCGGACCUUUUUGCUCCCCUUGAGCUUCUGAUCCCCGAUUUCCAGCCAUACGAACACCACGAAACCUGCUUCCCACCCACCCACCCCCGAUUCCCUGAUUUCCAUUGACCUGGAAAUCCCCGAAUAGCUUCUUCCCCCCCGACCGUCUUCCCAGCCAGACGCCGAGGGUCAUCCAACCUCUCUGCCUGUCAACUCGUCUGUUGUCAGCCGCUCUGUCAGCCAACAGAGCAACUCCCAUCAAUGGCUGCAAGCUACACGCGCACAUCCUUCGCCCCAACCGACACAACCUCGACCGUCGGCAGCAUGGUCUCUCAGUCGCCCGCCGUCAGCGCCGGCCACUCGGAUGCUGGAUCCGGCAGCGGAACCCCAAACUCGUCCCCUCCCGCCUCGCGGCCUCGCAGCCCCGACCUGAAGCACGAAACCGCGUCCAAUGCCUCUGAUCUCGAGCCCCUCGAGCCGCUCGAGGUCAAGAACGUCUGCUUCGUCGGUGCUGGUUUUGUUGGUGGCCCAACUGCCGCUCUCAUCGCGUUGCACAACCCCGACCUCACCGUCAACGUUGUCGACCUCAACGCCGAGCGCAUCGCUGCGUGGAACUCGCCCCAUCUGCCCAUCCACGAAGCCGGCCUGCCCAAGAUUGUGCGCAUCGCCCGUGACGGCACCAACGAGACGACGGCCUUCCUCCCGUCGGCCGGCAAAGCCGUGAAGCUCGCCCCUCGCAAGCCGAAUCUCACCUUCACCACGGACGUCCAGCGCUGCAUCGGCGAGGCCGAUAUCGUCCUCAUCUGCGUCAACACCCCGACCAAGACGUACGGCCUCGGCGCCGGCUACACAGCUGACCUGAGUGCCCUCGAGGGCGCCUCCGAGACGGUGGCCAAGUACGCCAAGAAUGGCGCAGUCAUUGUCGAGAAGAGCACCGUCCCAACGGGCACCGCCCGCAUGAUUCGCGAGAUUAUGGCCCAGUACCAGCCCGACGCCGAGUUCGAGAUCGUGUCCAACCCCGAGUUCCUCGCCGAGGGAACCGCUGUGCGCGAUCUCAUGCACCCCGACCGUAUCCUGAUCGGCAGCUCUACUACUCGGGCCGGUAUCCGUGCCGCCAAUGCUCUCAAGAGCGUGUACGCCGCCUGGGUCCCCGAGCCCAAGAUCUUAACCGUCAACACCUGGUCGAGCGAGCUUACGAAGCUGGUGGCCAACGCCAUGCUCGCCCAGCGCAUCAGCAGCAUCAACAGCAUCAGCGCCCUCUGCGAGGAGCUGGGUGCCGACGUCCAGGAGAUCAGCCAGGGCAUCGGCGCCGACAGCCGCCUGGGCAAGAAGUUCCUCCACGCCGGCGUCGGCUUUGGCGGUUCAUGCUUCGAGAAGGACAUCCUCAACCUCGCCUACAUGGCGCGGACCCUCCACCUCGACACCGUCGCCGACUACUGGAUGGGCGUCCUCGACAUCAACAAGUACCAGCGCGAGCGCUUCGCUCAGAAGGUCCACCGCGCGCUCAACGGCAACCUGCGCCGAAAGAAGGUGGCCAUCCUCGGCUUCGCCUUCAAGGAGAACACCAACGACACGCGCAACAGCAUUGCCGUCCACAUCAUCACGGAGCUGGCCCACGAGAUGCCCAACGAGAUUGCCAUCUUCGACCCCGGCUGCGACCCCGUAGAGGUCAUGAACGAGGUCCGCCAGUCCAUCCCCGACGAGCGCAUCGUCGAGCGCGUCAAGGUUCACACGAACUGGCGCGACACUGUCCAAGGAUCGAGCGCCAUUUGCAUCCUUACCCCUUGGUACCACUUCCGCUACCCCAAGCAGGCUCAGACGACGGCUCGUCGCUCGUCCGUCUGGAGCAGUCCCGAGGCGUCCCGGGAAGAGGCCAACGCCUUCAUCAAGGAGUCGUUGUCCGAGAUGGACAUUGUCGAGCUUGAGAAGUUCGUCUCCCGCACCAGCGCCCACACGCCGACGGACCCCCUGAAGCGCAUGAAGCCGGAAGCUGAGUGCCAGGAGGGCUGCAACGGCUGCAACUUCGACGCCGCCAACGAGGAUUUGGGCGACCCCGUCGACUGGGAGUGGGCCGCCUCCGUCAUGAAGCGUCCUCGACUUGUCCUCGACGGACGCAACGUCGUCUCCGUGCCCGAACUUGAGAAGCUUGGCUUCCAAGUACAAGGCAUCGGCAAGGGACUGGUCAUUUGAUCUUUGCCCCCCCCCCCCCCCCCCCCCCCCCCCCCCUCUCUCUCUCUGAUUCUUACUCUCGUGAUCGGAGUGAUUGGCACAGAUGGACGAGAAAGGACUUUACGAGACUUUACAAUUCUUUUCGGGUAUUGAUGACGACCCAACGUACAUAAGACGAGAAAAAAAACCACUCAGCUGCACAGUAAGGCGUUUUGGAGGACAUUGGGCAAUUGGGCGGCGUAUUUUUCCUUUGUCACGGGGGGCCGACUUCUUGGACCCCUCGGGCCUUUCUUCUUUCGCUUUCACAUUCACCUUCACCUUCAUGGACAAGUUGGGGGGAAUACGUACGCAUGGAUUCUCUAGCCGACUGUUGUAUAAUUCUGGCAUUGCAAGAUUGCCCCGGCAGCAAGAGGUGGAAAGAAAGCCUUUGCUUGAAGCCGGGAUCAAUAUACCCAAUUGUAUACGUUUUAAGAA